UUGGAAGCGCGGGAAACAAUUCAACUGGCAAUACCGUCGUAUAAGCGUCCAAAUAAACAGAGCAACUUGUAUGACUACUUCAGUAAUCUUCUAAUUGUGCUUUUAAAACUCCUUUUAACGCCUUUUCGAAGUGAAGACAGAUGGAGAUAAACUUGGGAAAUUGUGAUGGGAAUUUAAUUGAAGUGUUUGGUUUCUUUUAGAUUCGACACGUUUUUUCCAAGGAAAUAAGUGCUUUACCACAGAAUAGAUACAGGGAUUAGUCACUUUAGUCGUUUUCGGUAUUAAAGGUACAAAACAAAUGUUUCCUCUUAAGAGUAGCGAACCUUAUGAUAAUCCCAUUAGUCUACAAUGAAAGCCUAUUAAUCACCUUCAGGCGCGGUUGCCUUUGAGCGUCACGUGGCUGCAACACGGAUGCCCAGAACCGGGGCUGCGCGAGCCGGAGGCACCCGGGACGCGACAAAUACUUAUAGAGAGUGUUGAUGGAGAGGACUUCGAAUGUCAGCCGGGACAGUGGUUAUCUGUGGUGGAAUUCUAGCUACAGUCAUCUUACUGACUAUCGUUGCAGUACUGUGCUACUGUAGGUUGCAGUAUUAUUGCUGUAAGAGGGAGGAGCCAGAGAUGGAGGAGGAGCAACCGGACCUCACCAUCAUGUCCUCUCUCCCCACACCAGUGCACACGGCUGAUGACCAGGACAUGAUGACCACGCCCCCCUCUGAGCCCAACGGGCCCGCCUUUGUCUACACUCCUUCCCUGACCCGCAAACCAAUGACACACUCCCAUAGGUUUUGCCCAUCCUGCACUCGCUACUCCUUGCCCUUCUACCUGCAGCACUCCUCUGAGAGACUGCAUAACGGUGGCGGCCGAUUCAGCUACAGGACUGUGCAGCAGCAGGAGCUGGACCUGCCAAUGGCCCUGGCCAGCUUCAACCACAAGCUCAACCUCAUCCGCUCUGUCACCAUGAGGGAGGUGGUCACUCACAGCCACGGUGUCAGCACUGAUGUGUAGCGCCCCAUGGUGGCUGGGAGGACUAAUGUUAGGGACCUGACAUUUUAUUGCACUCUUACUUUACUGUAGAUAUUUUCCACCUCACCAAACCGAUGGAUAUGUUCACUCACUCACAUGAUGUAGAGAGGUUUUUGGUGUCACAUGCAGAUAUAUGGACACCUACUCCUGAAUUCACAUGAACAGUUCUUUUGAAAUGGCUUAACAAUCAUAGGCAUAUAGGAUCUGUGAUUAUGAGGGAGACAUUUUUUCUCAAGAGAAGCUUAAGCAGACAGAUGAAUAACUUUGGUACUGUGUAUGUUGUGUGAUACCUGUACUAUACAUUCUCUUUGGGUUUAUGCAGGUGAUGACACAUAAGCUACUGUAAGCUGCUAAAAUAAGUCCAGAACCCUAAGUAAUAUUUUAGAUUAGACAGAAAAUGACCUGAUUCCCCAAUAUUCUGAAGUGUUUUGGUUAAAGUUCUGAGUGUCCUCAUAACAGCUUCUUAAUAGAGUGUGGAAACUGAACUAUUUUAAGAGCUAAUUUGGUGACAAUUUAAAGGGAAAAUAUGCUUAAAUAUGUAUUUGAAGGGAUUUUCAUGUCGUUCAUUGUCAAGUCAUAUACUUCAAGUUCCACAAUACAUUUGACAUACUUCAAUUGAGUUGGUUUCUCCAGCAAUGUGUGUAAUGUUCACUUGGCAAGUAUGGGUGGCACAGCCCUUUUUGUUUUGUGAAGAAACGUAACAUGUCUUGUUUGCUUUAACAGGGUUUUGUCUUCUUAGUGUAGAGUAUAUUUGUUUGUUAUUUCAGCAGUAAAUGUGAGAAGGAAAACGACACACAGAAACCAGCAGGUGGCAUCAGGUCCUAAUCCAUGCUUUUCCCAUCAUCGAUACUACUACUUUGGAUGAACCA